AUGGUCAGCAAUGAUGGCCAGCACAUUAGAGAUGAUGGUGCGCUGUCUGCUGUCUACAUUUCUCUGAAGACCACCUCUCUGUUGAGGAGCACCACCACCUCUUUCUCUUGGCCCACGUCCACCUCUCUGUUGACCCGAGUGGAUCUGGAGGACUUUGAAGGAAGGAAAGGUUUCGCUCUGUACUCGUCCUUCUCUGUGGAUCCUGAAGCUGACGGCUAUAAACUGCAUGUUUCAGGAUUCACUGAUGGAGGAGCAGGCGACUCUUUAUCUGGCCAUAAUGGAUACAAGUUCUCCACCUUCGACAAAGACCAAGACACCUAUGAAAAUAACUGUGCCAAACUGUAUCUCGGGGCAUUUUGGUACGCAGCCUGUUACAAUACAAACCCCAACGGUGUGUAUUUAUGGGGAGAAGAUCCCAUCAUUAACGCCAUUGGAAAUGUUUGGUACUCAUGGAAGAGCAAUUAUGCCAUUGGCAUGAAAUUCAUCAGCAUGAAGAUCAGACGUGUGCUCUAGAAGCAUCAGUGUUUUCAGGAGCAAACAUCCCAUGUUGUUUUCACUAUAUUACAAAUGUGAAGCUUUAAGCUUUUAUUUUCCUCAGUCUAAGCUUUGCUCUGCUUCUGGUCUUUUGAUGAACUAUUAUGUAAAUUAACUUCCAGUAAACUCCUGCAUUUAAAGCAUUAUGUCUCUAUGUACAUCGUCAGAUGUGGUGUUCUCAUCAGAAAUCAAUCAUUUUAUGAACUAUAAGUGAAAUAAAAUGGUUAAACAAAGGAGAUACAGUUUUAAACAAGUUAAAUAAAUGAGGAAAUCAUUAAAUGAGUGAAAUAAAUGAAAUGAAAUCAUUACUCCC